CAGAUUUUAGGUGAUGGGCAGAUCAGAAAGUCAGAUGGACAUAACUGAUAUCAAUACUCCUAAGCCAAAGAAGAAACAGCGAUGGACCCCACUGGAGAUCAGUCUUUCAGUCCUUGUCCUGCUCCUGACUAUUAUAGCUGUGACGAUGAUCGCUCUUUAUGCCACCUAUGAUGAUGGUAUUUGCAAGUCAUCAGACUGCAUAAAAUCAGCUGCUCGACUGAUCCAGAACAUGGAUGCCACUGCUGAGCCUUGUAAUGACUUCUUCAAAUAUGCCUGCGGAGGCUGGUUGAAGCGCAACAUCAUUCCUGAGACCAGUUCCCGAUAGAGUAAUUUUGACAUAUUAAGAGAUGAACUAGAAGUCAUUUUGAAAGAUGUCCUUCAAGAACCUAAGACUGAAGACAUAGUAGCAGUACAGAAGGCCAAAACCUUGUACAGGUCUUGCAUAAAUGAGUCUGCUAUUGAUAGUAGAGGUGGUCAACCUCUGCUCAAACUGUUACCAGAUAUAUAUGGGUGGCCAGUAGCCACAGAAAACUGGGAGCAAACAUAUGAUACAUCUUGGACAACUGAGAAAUCUAUCGCACAAAUGAAUUCUAAAUACGGGAAAAAAGUCCUCAUUAAUUUUUUUGUUGGCACCGAUGAUAAGAAUUCCACCCACCAUAUAAUUCAUUUUGACCAACCUCGACUUGGCCUCCCUUCCAGAGAGUACUAUGAAUGCACUGGAAUAUAUAAAGAGGCUUGUACAGCAUAUGUGGAUUUUAUGAUUUCUGUGGCCAGGUUGAUUCGUCAGGAAGAAAAAUUACCUAUUGAUGAAAACCAGCUCUCUUUGGAAAUGAAUAAAGUUAUGGAAUUGGAAAAAGAAAUUGCCAGUGCUACAACUAAACCUGAAGAUCGAAACGAUCCAAUGCUUCUUUACAACAAAAUGACACUGACCCAACUCCAAAAUAACUUUUCACUAGAGAUCAAUGGGAAGCCAUUCAGCUAUCUUCAACCACGUGGCGAAAUCAUGUCAACUGUGAAUAUUAAUAUACAAAAUGAGGAAGAUGUGGUUGUUUAUGCUCCAGAAUAUUUAACCAAACUUAAGCCUAUUCUUACCAAAUAUUCUGCCAGAGAUCUUCAAAAUUUAAUGUCCUGGAGGUUCAUAAUGGAUCUUGUAAGCAGCCUCAGCCGAAACUACAAGGAGUCCAGAAAUGCUUUCCGCAAGGCCCUGUAUGGCACAACAUCAGAAACAGCAACAUGGAGACUUUGCGCCAACUAUGUCAAUGGGAACAUGGAGAAUGCUGUGGGCAGGCUUUAUGUGGAAGCAGCAUUUGCCGGAGAGAGCAAACACGUGGUUGAAGAUUUGAUUGCACAAAUCCGGGAAGCUUUUAUUCAGACUUUAGAUGACCUCACUUGGAUGGAUGCUGAGACAAAAAAGAAGGCUGAGGAGAAGGCCUUAGCAAUUAAAGAAAGGAUCGGCUAUCCCGAUGACAUUAUUUCAAACGAUAACAAACUGAAUAAUGAAUACCUUGAGUUGAACUACAAAGAAGAGGAAUACUUUGAGAACAUAAUUCAAAAUUUGAAAUUCAGCCAAAGUAAACAACUAAAGAAGCUUCGAGAAAAAGUGGACAAAGAUGAGUGGAUAAGUGGAGGAGCAGUCAUCAAUGCAUUUUAUUCUUCAGGCAGAAAUCAGAUAGUCUUCCCUGCUGGCAUUUUGCAGCCCCCCUUCUUUAGCGCCCAGCAGUCCAACUCAUUGAACUAUGGGGGCAUCGGCAUGGUCAUAGGACAUGAAAUCACGCAUGGCUUCGAUGACAAUGGUAGAAAUUUUAACAAAGAUGGAGACCUCGUUGACUGGUGGACUCAGCAGUCUGCAAAUAAUUUUAAAGACCAAUCUCAGUGUAUGGUGUACCAGUAUGGAAACUUUUCCUGGGACCUAGCAGGUGGACAGCACCUCAAUGGAAUUAAUACACUAGGAGAAAACAUUGCUGAUAAUGGAGGUAUUGGCCAAGCAUACAGAGCCUAUCAGAAUUAUGUUAAAAAGAAUGGUGAAGAAAAAUUACUUCCUGGACUUAACCUCAAUCACAAACAACUGUUCUUCUUAAACUUUGCCCAGGUGUGGUGCGGGACCUAUAGACCAGAGUAUGCAGUCAUUUCCAUUAAAACAGAUGUGCACAGUCCAGGCAAUUUUAGGAUUAUUGGGACUUUGCAGAACUCUGCAGAGUUUGCAGAAGCCUUUCAUUGCCGCAAGAAUUCAUAUAUGAAUCCAGAAAAGAAAUGCCGGGUUUGGUGAUGUUCACAAGAAGCCGUGCAUCUGGUGGCUAGACUUGCUAAAGCCACAAAAACGGGAACUCUCCAGCUGAGAGAAAAUGGGCCCUAGACAUUUCUGCAGCUACUUCAGGGCAAUUCACAGAGAUGAGUAGAAGCUAACAUAAAUGACAUUAGAUUAUUGGAUCCGUUGUAAGGAGGGGUAAAGGAUCUAAGGUC